UUCUCUCCCUGGCCCUCUCCCCCAGGCUCUGGCCUGGGUGCCUCCCGGCUAGACCAGAGCGGCCCCAGAACCUGGGGCUGGUGGUGGGGCUGCUGCUUUAUCCCCAUGGCACUGCCAUCACUGCUGCUGUUGGUGGCAGGCCUGGCAGGUGGCGUGCGCCCGCCAGCGGCGCGGAACCUGACACUGGCGGUAGUGUUGCCCGAACACAACCUGAACUACGCCUGGGCCUGGCCACGGGUGGGUCCUGCCGUGGCCCUGGCUGUGGAGGCACUGGGCCGGGCACUGCCCGUGGACCUGCGCUUUGUCAGCUCAGAACUGAAUGGUGCCUGCUCCGAGUACCUGGCCCCACUACGUGCCGUGGACCUCAAGCUGUACCAUGACCCUGACCUUCUCUUGGGCCCGGGUUGCGUGUACCCAGCCGCAACUGUGGCCCGCUUUGCUUCUCAUUGGCGCCUGCCCCUGUUGACGGCUGGUGCUGUGGCCUCUGGCUUUGCUGCUAAGAAUGAGUAUUACCGCACCCUGGUUCGCACUGGCCCUUCAGCACCCAAGCUGGGUGAGUUCGUAGUGACGUUGCAUGGGCACUUCAACUGGACGGCCCGCGCUGCCUUGCUGUAUCUGGAUGCGCGCAUGGACGAUCGGCCUCACUACUUCACCACGGAGGGUGUCUUCGAGGCCCUGCAGGGCAGCAACCUGAGCGUGCAGUACUAUGUGUACGCCCGGGAGCCAGGAGGUCCGGAACAGGCCACCCACUUCAUCCGGGCCAAUGGGCGCAUUGUGUAUAUCUGUGGGCCUCUGGAGAUGCUGCACGAGAUCCUGCUGCAGGCCCAGAGGGAGAACCUGACCAGCGGCGACUACGUCUUCUUCUACCUGGACGUCUUUGGGGAGAGUCUGCGUGCAGGGCCCACCCGCUCUGCCGGCCGGCCCUGGCAGGACAAUCGCACCCAGGAGCAGGCCCAGGCCCUGCGUGAGGCCUUCCAGACUGUGCUGGUGAUCACCUACCGAGAACCCCCAAAUCCCGAGUAUCAGGAAUUCCAGAAGCGUCUGCUCCUAAGAGCCCGGGAAGACUUCGGCGUGGAGCUGGCUCCCUCUCUGAUGAACCUCAUUGCUGGCUGCUUCUACGACGGCAUCAUGCUCUAUGCCGAAGUCCUCAACGAGACAAUCCAGGAGGGAGGCUCCCGGGAGGACGGACUGCGGAUUGUGGAGAAGAUGCAGGGGCGAAGAUACCACGGUGUGACUGGCUUGGUGGCGAUGGACAAGAACAAUGACCGGGAGACCGAUUUUGUCCUGUGGGCCAUGGGAGACCUGGAUUCGGGGGACUUCCAGCCUGCAGCCCACUACUCAGGAGCCGAGAAGCAGAUCUGGUGGACAGGACGGCCCAUUCCCUGGGUGAAGGGGGCGCCACCCCUGGACAACCCCCCCUGUGCUUUUGACUUGGACGACCCAUCCUGUGAUAAAACUCCUCUCUCUACGCUGGCCAUCGUGGCUCUGGGCACAGGAAUCACCUUCAUCAUGUUUGGUGUGUCCAGCUUUCUCAUUUUCCGGAAGCUGAUGCUGGAGAAGGAGCUGGCCAGCAUGCUGUGGCGCAUCCGCUGGGAGGAGCUGCAGUUUGGCAACUCGGAGCGCUGCCAUAAAGGUGCAGGCAGCCGUCUGACGCUGUCACUGCGGGGAUCCAGUUACGGCUCGCUCAUGACAGCCCAUGGGAAAUACCAGAUCUUUGCCAACACCGGUCACUUCAAGGGAAAUGUGGUCGCCAUCAAGCAUGUGAACAAGAAGCGCAUUGAGCUGACCCGUCAAGUCCUCUUUGAACUCAAACACAUGAGAGACGUCCAGUUCAACCAUCUCACUCGCUUCAUCGGGGCCUGCAUCGACCCUCCUAACAUCUGCAUUGUCACUGAAUAUUGCCCUCGGGGGAGUUUACAGGAUAUUUUAGAAAAUGACAGCAUCAACCUGGACUGGAUGUUCCGUUACUCGCUCAUUAAUGACCUUGUGAAGGGUAUGGCCUUUCUGCACAAUAGCAUUAUUUCAUCCCAUGGGAGUCUCAAGUCCUCCAACUGUGUGGUGGAUAGCCGUUUUGUGCUCAAGAUCACGGACUAUGGCCUGGCCAGCUUCCGGUCAACUGCUGAACCUGACGACAGCCAUGCCCUCUAUGCCAAGAAGCUGUGGACUGCCCCAGAACUCCUCAGUGGGAAUGCCUUGCCAACCGCCGGCAUGCAAAAAGCUGACGUCUACAGCUUUGGCAUCAUCCUGCAGGAGAUAGCACUUCGGAGUGGUCCUUUCUACCUGGAAGGCCUGGACCUCAGCCCAAAGGAGAUUGUCCAGAAGGUCCGGAAUGGUCAGCGGCCAUAUUUCCGGCCAAGCAUUGACGGGACCCAACUGAACGAAGAGCUGGUUUUGCUGAUGGAGCGAUGUUGGGCCCAGGACCCAGCUGAGCGGCCAGACUUUGGACAGAUCAAGGGUUUUAUACGCCGCUUCAACAAGGAGGGUGGCACUAGCAUACUGGACAACCUCCUGUUGCGCAUGGAACAGUAUGCCAAUAACCUGGAGAAGCUGGUGGAGGAACGCACGCAGGCCUAUCUGGAGGAAAAACGCAAGGCUGAGGCGCUGCUCUACCAAAUCCUGCCCCACUCAGUGGCCGAGCAGUUAAAGCGGGGAGAGACCGUACAGGCGGAGGCCUUCGACAGCGUCACCAUUUACUUCAGUGACAUUGUUGGCUUCACAGCACUGUCAGCAGAGAGCACUCCCAUGCAGGUGGUGACACUUCUUAAUGACCUGUACACCUGCUUUGAUGCCAUAAUUGACAACUUUGACGUCUACAAGGUGGAGACCAUUGGGGAUGCCUACAUGGUGGUAUCUGGCCUCCCAGGCCGAAACGGUCAACGCCAUGCACCAGAAAUUGCCCGGAUGGCCCUAGCAUUACUAGAUGCAGUUUCUUCCUUCCGUAUCCGCCACCGGCCCCAUGACCAGCUGAGGCUACGCAUAGGAGUCCACACGGGACCAGUGUGCGCUGGGGUUGUUGGCUUAAAAAUGCCCCGCUAUUGUCUUUUCGGAGACACAGUGAACACUGCUUCUCGAAUGGAGUCGAACGGUCAAGCCCUGAAGAUCCAUGUAUCCUCUACCACCAAGGAUGCGCUGGAUGAGCUAGGGUGCUUUCAGCUGGAGCUUCGGGGGGACGUGGAGAUGAAGGGAAAAGGAAAGAUGCGAACCUACUGGCUCUUAGGAGAGCGGAAAGGGUCUCCUGGACUCCUGUAGAGGCCACUUCUUCCCAAGUCAGUCUCCUGCUGCUGGUACCUGGGCGAGCAGUGGCCACCACCAUCCCUCCACCGAUGUUACUCCAUGCAGUGAAAGUGUGCACGGAACCCUACCACAGCUCAGCCUUGUACAUAGACCUGCCCUGACCUGCCCUCCCUGGCUGGUCCCCUUCGUCCCUUCCUACUGUAAAUAUCUGUAUCUAAAUCAGAAUAUUUUGGCCAAAUAUAAAAACAACAA